AUGCGGUUCGCGCGAGGGUGCCAGUUUCGCCGUUGGGUUUGGACUUGGUUACUCUUGUUCGUUGAUUCGCUAUUGGUUUGCGACGCGCGGUCCUCUGACGUGGUUUCUUGUGGAACCCUUACCGGAGGCGACGUUAUGAACGCAGACCUGGCGAUUUUCCAAAGCAGGUUUCGGAACGCUUUAGCUUCGAAACCUAACUGGGCCUACACCAUAAGUGGCGUGGCGCUUCAGACCCACAUGGGUGGUAAGCAGAUUUAUUCUGUUAGUCUGGUGCCUCCCGCCACCGCCGGUGACACACCCUGCGUUCCGGAAUUAAUAAACUCCAGCUUUUCGCGUUCUAGACGCAUCUUUUCGACCAAGUCUUACAUCCGUAUGUAA